AUGUUGAACCUCAUAUGUUUUCUAACGUGCGUCUUGGCUUUUAUCACAACUUCCCAGAGUGUGCGUGGGAAUGUCACUGAUGGAGACGCAUUUUUGGAGAAUAUUAUCCACUACUAUGGUGAAAAUAAUUCCAUUACAACAACGAAUCUUGAAGAUUUACUGCUGUUGAUCUCAGCCAGACGAUCUGACUUAAUAAAUAAGGGAAAUCCACUGGAAGAGCAAGAGUGUCUCUCUGCAAAGCAGAUCUUAUCCCAGUUUGGCUACAAUAAUGUCAGUCAGCUGACUGUGGAACAUCUGGAGAAGAUCUGCCCUGCUGUGUUGACCCAGGUGCUGCUGCCUUCCUGCCCCUACAUUGCCCCCGAGGAACUGCCUCAUGUGGACUACUCUGUGUGGGGUUAUGGGUUUCUGGCCGUCACUGUGAUCAACCUGGCAUCCCUGCUUGGUCUCCUGCUCAUCCCGUUCGUCAAGAAGCCUUAUUUCCCCAAAGUGCUGACCUACUUCAUUGGUCUGGCCAUCGGGACGCUUUUCUCUAAUGCUGUACUUCAGCUCAUACCAGAGGCCCUGGGGUUUGAUCCCAAAGUGGAUCACUAUGCGACAAAUGCAGCUGCAAUAUUUGGAGGGUUUUACCUCCUGUUCUUUGUGGAAAAGAUACUGAAAUUAUGCCUCCGGAUGGACCACGAGCACGGCCACAGCCACUUCACACUUUCAGAGACACCUCAAGAAAACUCUAUCCACAACGGAGACGUAGUGGCAAAAAAGGACUCCAUCAUUUUAACCGCCAUCACCACCGUCGCUACAGACAAGAGCAGCCCAAUCCUAGAUACGAAUGUGGAAACUUCUCAGGACGUCGAGGUGCCUGAUGUCAUGUGCCGCUGGUUGCGGGGCCAGCGCAUCCGCAACAUCAAGACUGUGGCGUGGAUGAUAACUCUAAGUGACGCACUCCAUAACUUCAUAGAUGGUCUGGCUAUCGGUGCUUCCUUCACAGUGUCUGUCUUGACAGGGUUCAGUACGUCCACUGCCAUCGUGUGUGAGGAGUUUCCCCAUGAGCUGGGUGACUUCGUCAUCCUGCUGAAUGCUGGAAUGAGCAUCCCGCAAGCCAUUUUCUUCAACCUGUUGUCAGCCGUGUCGUGUUACAUCGGCCUUGUGUUUGGCAUCCUGCUCGGCAGCAACUUUGCCCCCAAUGCGAUCUUUGCCAUUGCAGGAGGAAUGUUUCUGUAUAUCGCUCUGGCGGACAUGUUCCCAGAGAUGGACAGCAUAGCACGGGAACAAAAUAAAACUUCUACGAAGAUCGUUUUCUUCCUGAUCCAAAAUGCAGGGCUGCUAACUGGGUUUACCAUCAUACUUCUGAUCACCAUGUUCGCAGGAGAGAUCAACCUGGGCUAG